CUACCCGGAAGCUGCCGAGGAGGGCAGCAGGGACGGUGGCCGCGCGGGGCUGUUUCUCUCCAAUGGCGGAGCGGAAGGAUGUCGCUGGUGUCCGGGCUGUUGUCGCACACGCUGGGCAGGGUGCUGUGGCUCUCCGGGCUCCAUAGCGGGUACCAUGCGCAGGGCAGCCCGGCCAUGGAGCAGGACAGAGCGCUCGAGGUGUAUGAUAUAAUUCGAACUAUCCGGGAUCCAGAGAAGCCUAACACUUUAGAAGAACUGGAAGUGGUAACGGAAAGUUGUGUUGAAGUGCACGAGAUAGGGGAAGAUGAGUAUCUCGUUAUUAUCAGGUUUACACCAACAGUACCUCAUUGUUCUUUGGCAACUCUCAUUGGGCUUUGUUUGCGAAUAAAACUUCAGAGAUGUUUGCCUUUUAAGCACAAGUUGGAAAUUUAUAUAUCUGAAGGUGCCCAUUCCACUGAGGAGGACAUCAACAAGCAAAUAAAUGACAAAGAGAGAGUAGCAGCUGCGAUGGAGAAUCCAAACUUGCGCGAAAUUGUGGAGCAGUGUGUUACAGAACCUGACUAGCAGCUACAGUAACCACAGAGCUAUGAUCAUUUUGAUAUAUUGGUUUAAUUAUUUGUAAAACUUCAAGGCCUUGAGUUUAAUACUUACCUUGUUUGUACCUUCCACAUGAUUUUUAAAAGAAACCAUUUAUAAAGCAAAUGUAAAUUAUAAGAAGAUGGCUAGCAGUAUAUAACAUUAGGUGACGUGUAUAGUGUUCUAAAGGAUUUGUAAUAUUCAGUGUUCAAAGAUAAAUAUUUUAACUAGUUAUUAUGAACCAGCUGUGUUGCCGCCUUCUGAUGCACAUUGUGAUACAAAAGCAAUUUUGCAGGUUAAAUUUCCACUGUGCUCAAAUCAAAUAUGUUUCAAUCACUACACUGUAAAAAAAACAAAAAAAUAAAAAAUUGAUUCUUAUAAUGAAAA